AUGCGUUGCUUCAUUUUGUUCUCCUGUUUGGCAGUGGCCACCGUUAUGGCUCGUCCAGAACCUCCAGUAAAUUAUUUACCACCAGUAGAAAAUAAUGAUGUAGCAUUCAACAGCUUUGGCAAUCCCGUACCCACAUACAGUGCUCCACCCUCUCCAGAUACACUUGCCCCAGCCAACAAUGGUGCAGUUGCCACUCCUGAAGUGCCAGUCCAUGAAGAUUCCUACAACGCUGCUUACCGCCAUUCUACUUCCAGUCAAUACCAGUCGGGUUACUCCAAUGCCCCCACCGAAACCCAAGUCCAUAAACACAUCUAUGUGCAUGUACCACCCAAGGACUUCGAAGAGGAAGAUGUUAUGCAACCCGUAGUCAGACAUCAAGCUGCUCCCAAACAAAAGCAUUACAAAAUUGUCUUUAUCAAGGCUCCAUCUGCUCCUGUUGUGCGUCCACCAGUCGUGGCCCCACCACCACAAAACGAAGAAAAGACCCUCAUCUAUGUCUUGCACAAGAAACCCGAAGCACAGGCCGAUAUUGUUAUUCCAACACCAGCUCCCACCAAACCUUCCAAACCCGAAGUAUUCUUCAUCAAAUACAAGACCAAGAAGGAAGAAGCUCCUGUAUACGGUCCACCACCUGCCACCCGCCGUGUUUCUGAACCAGCUCAAGAAUAUGCUGCUCCUCAAUCUGCUGAAGACAGCAGCGAUUUUCUCCCCAUGGAUCCCAGUGAAUAUGAACAACAAACUGUCAAUGCUGAAGCACCAGCUGCCGAGGAAGCUGAACCUAAAUAUAUGAAUAUCGAACAAGGCCCCGAAGCUUUUAAUGAACCCACGAUGGAUGCUUUCGCCGGUGAAGUAGCCCAAGCUCCAGAAUCAGAACCUAGCAAUCAAUAUUUGGCUCCCGAAACAACGUCUGCACCAAUUGUUGUCGCUGAACCCGAGGAAGAAACUGAAGUUCACACACCUGCUCCCACUUACGGCACACCCAACCGUUACUUCAUCAAGAGAAGGAAGUAA